AAUAUAAAGUUCAACCAAUGAGAAGUAGACAAGUUAUAAAUGUAAUGUCCAAUCCAAGGUCUCAAAAAGUAUGUAAAUAUAUCAAAGGUGUACCUUUGUUUCUCUGCAAACGAAUAUCGAGAGAGGACUAUGUUUACUCUGGUUCUAUCUGCUACUUGAUGCUUUUUAUUGACCACUAUCUCAUGCGGCACCCAUUUCUGUGAUAUAUUUUCGAUCUUUCUUCUUCUAUAUAUCAAACAUUUUUUUGCUCCCUUAUUUGAUUACUUUUCAUUUAGUAAUCUAAAUUUCACAAAGUAAACACAAUAGACUAAUACAUUCUGUAUUCAUAAACCAUAUAUUAUAAAUUAAAAAAUUGGCAAGAAAAAGAGAGACAGUGAUUAUGAUUUUGUAGUGGUUUAAAUAUGUACAUUCAUCAGAAGUUUGACUAAAGUAAAGAUGAUUUAAAUUCAAAGGUUGAACUUAACCACAUAAAUGGGCCCAGCUAUGAUUAGCAAAGAACGUGAAGCGAGAGCUCGGCCCAACUCUCGCGUGCGAUUACUGCUUGCUCCAGUCUAGGGGCAAAAUAUGAAAUUAAUAAACCUUAGGGGUUGAUUUAUCAUUCUGAUUCUCUCUAGGGGUUUGGUUUGUCAUUUUAUAUAUUUUUAAUUUCCGAUGAAAUGCUUUUGAAAUUCUCGCUAGCCGUCGUUCUUCUUCUUCUUCUUCUUCUUCUUCUUCAUCUCUCCCCCGCCUACUGACUUUAAUUUCAAAUUUAUCGAGCAGCUUGAACUCGGAGGCAGGUUUCAUCUUCGAUCACGAUGGAGAUGGAGGAAGGAGAAGGGAGUACAGAGGAGAAGUACGACGUAGACAUCGCGACCACGGCUUCUUCACUAGGCGGCUCCGGCGUCUUCCAUAUCAUCAAUGACAUUCUCGGUUUCGUCCUCUAUAUGCACCAGCAGAUCCCUUCGGUGUUGCAAGACAUGAGUCUUGACUUUGAUGGCUUGCAAACAGAGUUUACUGAUUUGGAGGCGAAUCUUACACAACCGGAUGUGAAGCCGCUGGUCAGGAGAAAACUAUUGAGUAGGAAAAGAGAGGUGAAGCAUGAGAUUAAGAAAAUGCAGAAACUGAUGAGCACCAUCUCUACUCUCCGAAGCGCUCUACAGUUAUUGAUCCGUGAAGCUCCUGGCGUUCAGAGAGUUGUGUUGAUUCUUGGUGGUAGUCCAUUACGCCCUCAAAAAGCUUAUGAGUUGUUCUUCACACACAGUGUUGAUGUUUUGAGAUUUGAAGGUGAUUUUUCCAAAAACAAAGCUACAGAAGCUCUUUCCAAAAAGACUAUCCGAGCACUGAUCUCGACGGGUGCUGGAUCAACUUCAUGCCCAGGUCCAAUGAGGCUCUUUAUAUUGGUUCAAGCUCCACCUUCUUUGAAUCUUCCCCAACAUUUCCUUCCUAAACGUGACUUCAGAUACAACAGAAAGUUUGUGCCUCUAAAGUUGCGGUUCAAGUGCAAAACUCAAGAUAACGAGACAAAUUCUCCGUUCAACUACGACACAAAUGAUCUAAUAUGGUUUCAGUGUCGACAUGUGAUAAAGGGCUUAGCUUUCCAGCAACCAGUUGAAGAAUAAUAAGACUCUAGUUUUCGUUUCUGUCUAUUGCAACUACACUCUAUCACUUCCUCGUUACUUCUCUAAUUCAAUCUUUGAGAAUUCAUCUACUCUUUUAUGGGUCCACUCACACCUUACCAAACUUUCCUGUCACAUUUUAGAAGAAACAAAAGAUGUCUAGCCAUUGUGUAAUAUUGCAUACUCUAUUCCUUGAAAGUCAAGAACCUUUUCCGUAAA